AUGUCUGCCCCAGAAACCAAGUUCGCACCCACCCAAUCUUCCUCCGUCCUCGGUGGACAAAUCGUCGGUCGCUCUGAGCGCCAGGCUGUCGCACCCCCCGCGGCGUUGAAACUUCGUUUGGACCUUAACCUCGAGGUUGAGAUUGCCAUCCAAGCCAAGGUCAACGGUGAUAUCACCUUGUCGCUCCUGUUAUCAGUAAAUGAAUGCUUGAUGUGUGACGACGGAUCAGUUGGCGGAGUACCUUCGGGAGCUGUCAAGUUCUUCCGGAAUGCUUGUUACCGCUUCAUUGUGCCUUAUUGACAUUAUACCAGACGUUUAUAUACAUUGGAUACCUUGAAUAUGAUUGUUCUCUGGGCUCUGUCAUUCUCAUUGCAUCUGUAAGGAGGCUACAUGUCUGGAAAUUCAGAUAUAUCUGUUCGAG